AUGAUGGAUCGUGUACUCGUGUUUAUUAUUCUCAGUUUAUUGGUUGACGUCACGACGACCGCGGAUAAUUGCAAAAGCGUGACUCGUAGGCGGGACAAUUCGUUGAUUUUUCGAUGUAGCGAGCUGACAGAGCUGAAGGUGUUGGAAAAGGCGAGGAGUAACACUACUGUCAUUGAAAUCACGGACUCGAAGAUACCUUAUCUGCCAGGACAUCUGUUCGCAAGAUUCGGUGCCACUCUAGUGACGAUCGAUCUCCACGGAUCUGGGAUCGAGACAAUUGAUCAAUUCGCGUUCAUAGGCCUGACGAAGCUGGAGAAACUGAUACUAUGGGAUAACAAAUUGAAGAUGGUGCCCAGGGACUGGUUCAUGAACACGUACAGCCUGAAAACCCUCGAUCUGUCGUUCAACUCUAUCGAAGUAAUCGACUACCUCGUGUUCCAGAUGCUUCCCAAACUGGAGAACUUUUACUUCGACUACAACCAAAUUAAAUUCAUCGAUUACACCAUGUUCGCGUAUCUGAAAAACCUUAAAAAUGUCAGGUUCGAGAAUAACCCGCUGAGUUGGGGAUACCGAGCCCAUUUAACGUGGCAAUUGGAAAAUCAGCGCGUCAAGUACAGCGAGACCUGGGAGAAUUGGGGAUGGAUGAACGUUGCCAUCAAAGAGUGCGCGGAAAGCGGAUACGGGGAAAUACCGAAGGACACGAUACUCGAUUGCGUGGUCGCGAAGCUGCUCGACUUCACGCACGAAAUAUUUUCGACGGAAACGAAACAACAAAAGACCGAGUGCACCGAUAAUGCGCGACGGCUGGUACGUUGUAUGAGACCUCAGAACGUCACCGAUAACAGUGACAACGAGACCGUGAGAAGAAUUCUCCAAGAUUACACUGCCAUUUUAUUUCCAAUGAUAAAAUCACGAGGACGAUUUUCAUCUCCGAUUAUUAAUUAA